AGCCAAACUAAGAUGUUUGCCAAGCUUCGCAAGGUAUAUCCUAAUAGAGCGGAGGUCAGUCCUUCGACUGAUCCUCACUACUCAACGGACUUAAACAUAGCGGAAAGGGACUCAAAUGUCAAGAAAUUACGAGCCCAGUAUAUCCUAGGACGAAUGCAGCAGCUGCUGCUCUGCCUGACCAUUUUCCUCUUCUUUCCCAUGGUGAUCUUCAGCGGCUUUAAGUUCUUGGUUAUGGAACCGCUUUACGGGAACAGUGAUACCAAUGUGGCAGUUGGAUCUGGCGUGGCUACAGUGAUAGUGAUGCAUGUCCUGAUCACAGGAUAUAUAUUACACCGAAUCUUCAUACAGGAGUUUUCGCGCAUGGAUCAGUUGGAGGUUUGGUCGGAGUGGGAGGUUGAAGUGCCACCACAAAUCCAGAUACAUGGCCCUGUGUUUAUUGUCCUACUGCUGAUGUCCUAUUGCUUCCUGAUCAUAGUCUUCCCCAUAGCCACCUUCUUUGCUUUGAAGUUUGUGGUACUGAAGAGUUUCGAACACAUUGAUGCGGACAUCAUUUCGGCCAUCUGCACAGUCGUUGCCGUUCAUGCAGCUGUUGGCUACUAUAUUUACAGGGCUAUCUACUCAAAAACAGCCACGGCUAAGAACAGUCGCGAUGGAGGAAAGUUGUCCCUCUAAUUAUCUUCUACUCAAUUAUUUAACAUACCAAUGAAAUCUCAAUACUUUCUUAUCCAACAAUGAUUCUAUUUUUAUCCAAACACUUCCUCCAUUCAUCAUCAUCAAUCCGAGAAAUGUAUUUACCCCUCAGCUUCCGUGGAAAUGUUUUCGCCAAUGCAAAGGAAAAAGAAAAACACUUCCCACAC